ACAAGGACGCCCAUUCAGAGGGCGCUUGCCCUGAAGAAGAGGAAGGGGAUAACCAACAGCAGCCAGAAGUAUCUAUCCAUGCAGAAGCAACUUUAAGAAGGGCCUGUGUCCAAGUACAUCCGCUAAGCGAAGGAUACUCCGCUGGAAAGGAAUCAAGCUCUGGAUCCCAACCAGACUGUGAGACUGCCGAGGAAGCAAAAGAGACAUGCGACUUUGGGCAGACUGGGACUGAGGUGACGCCCUGCACAGAUGUUGCAGAGCACAAAGGCAGCGAAGAGCUCACAGAGUGUACUGCCAGGUGCUUGCCGAAUCCAUGCUCAUCGAACACAGAACAUAUGACCCUGGAGUUUAUUGCUCCGUUGUCCAGUAAAUGGACAUGUAAGGGUAGCAAUGUCAAGAUUGUUGUUGGCAUCUACAAGGAACCUGGAGUAUAUGAAGAAUGUGCUGAUAUGCACUUAGCGGCCAAUAAGGAUAUUGAGAGAAUUAUUGCAAAGGGGAGAAUAUCUCUUUCCAACCUACAGCACGGAAAGCCUCUUUAUUACAGAUAUGGCAUCCUUGACUUUUACGAUGACAACAGGCCAUUACAGUUAGAGGAUUUUCCUGAAACAUCUUCAAAAAACAAAAAGAAUCUCUUCCUUCGAGUUCUGGUUAUCCCCGAAAGGACCAUUGAAGCAAAUGGAGUGUGGACCCAGUAUGAUGAUACCUGCCAUUUUCAAAAUGAAGGGUGGCGACUUUUUCGGGGGACGCCAUCUGUCAGUAAGGAUAGCAUAAGCUAUGUGGUAAAGGAGUUUCGCCAGGAAUGCAAGCAAAACUUCACUGAUUUGGAAAGGAAGAUUCACUGCUACAUCCUUUGCUCCAAAGCCCGAAAAAGAUUUGAUGUGAAACAAAAUAAAACCACUGAAGUGGGCUGUAAAAAGGAAGAGACUGCCAACAUCAUUUGCAAAUUUGCUGAGGAGAUCAUUAAAAUGCCCAAGGCUCCGGAUUGCACCGCUUCAAUAGUGCAAGAGCUCCUCUUUUCAUUAUAUAUAUUAUUUUGCUACAAAUUACCUAUACACAGAGGUUUCUGGACAGAGAUAAAAAAUGUGCUUCCAUAUACUUACCCACUGGAAGGCAAACUCCCAAACUUGACAGAAGACAGAAAAAGUGACUAUAUUCGUGCUCUGAUGUACACUUGUAAGUCCCGGAGCUCUAGCGAGAGUAGGAGUUCUGGCUGGAUGUGGCUGAUUCCUUUGCUGUAUGCUGUUGCCUACCAAGGGCCAACUUCUGAAGCAACACAGAAGCUUCUUCACGAAGAAAUCAAGCAGUUGUCUUUUCACUUGCUGGGGACAGAAGGAAAGCAAGAGAAAGUUAUUAAAAUGAUCAAGGCUCAUCAGACCUUCAUUGAGAAAUGUGCUCCUCUGGCAAAGCAAAUCAUCGAGAUGCUCACCCUGAACAGCCUUGCCGAGGUGCUUACUCUUCCAAUUCGCUUACCGCUUCUGCCUCUCUUGGAGAGGGUUUGCUCGCAGGACUUCACUGAAGGCAAAAUCAAGGAAAAUAUUUCUCGUUCUGUUCUGACAGAGCUGGUUGGAAGGACAGAGUCCUGGCUCAGAGACAAAUUUCUAUUACAGAAGGAGAAGUCUGUCCUGGAGGCGAAGGAGUUGGAAGAUAUUCUGCGGGGUGUGGAAUUAGUAUUCUCGUUGGUUAAAAAUUGCUUUCAGAACUCAUGGUCUAAUGAAGUGAUACCAGCACUACAAAUUUUAAAUGUGUUCUCUUCAACAGAGGACCUAUUGAAAAACGAAAAGGCAUUUAAAAACUUAAGAGGAACUGAUAGAUGCAAGAACUUUGAGAAAUGUGCAAAAGAGUGGGUCGAAAAGGCAUUCCCCAAGCCACAAAAGAAAAGCCACUUUCUAAAAGGCAUUGAUAAAUGGCAACAGCUUUUUUCAGUGAGACUGUUUUGUGACGAAUGGACAACACAGUGGCAAGAACUUAUUCACCUUUCUUAUAGCGAGUGGAUAAAAAAGAUAGAGCAUGAAGACCUGUUUAGCUAUUACAAGGCUUUCCUUGACACUGAAAAGUAUCAAGAUAGAGAUCUGGCAUCUUCCCUUUUGGAGCAUAUCCUUCAAAAUAUCGAAAAGAUGCCAAAAACCAAGGUAACGGGUCUGCAACACAUCAUUCGCAAUUUCUCAAGAAUGAAGACAUCAGUUGUUGAAAAAAUACUAUCUGCUGUCAUUGAAAGCAUGUGGACAGAAGACCUGAGAUUGAUAACGGAGCCUACACGUUUUGAAGAGGAGACGGGGAAUGUUAUUGUAUGGCUACUUGAGUCCUCUUUGGGCCAGGAUAUUAUUUCAACUAUCCACCAACCAAAGCGUCCAAUUUGUAUCAAUGAAAAAGCACAAGAAUUGCUUUCUAAAGUGUUGAAGCUGCUCUCCUUUGUGGGUGACAGUUUAUUUUUGGGAGACAUCCCCUGCAGUGUGCUGCGGGGCCUUCUAAAGCACAAGCAGGGAUUUAUAACAAUGCUGUGCACCAUUGAUAAAUCACCUAAAAAGUCAGAAUGUUUUACUCAUCAGAAUAUAACUCACGUGCUUGAUAUCAGAGAACAAGAGCUCAAGCAACUGGAAGAGCAGAAAAAACAAAAGUGUGCAUUUAUAAAAAUGUGCAACUCCAUCUCGGCGGUCAUAAAAGUUGAUCUGGAUGGCAUGACACAAAGCACUGAUGAAAAGCAAAGCAUCAGAAAUCAGAUGUCGGUGAAGACAUUCUCUAUCGAGGAAGAGAUAAAACGUGCAGACACAGAACCACCCGCACUUGCUAAAUAUGAUGGUAUGGUUAGAAAAGUCUAUACGCUAAAGGAAAGCCAGUGCUUUCCAAAACUGUGGAAGCUGAAAGCAGAACAAGCCAAAGGCAAAUUCCCAGGGGAAGCAAUUCUGUCCCUGGAUGAGGCUCAGGAAAACAUUUAUAACCCAGCCAUGGAGGAUUUUGAAAAAACCUAUAGGUCCCUUAAAGACUGCUCCAUCAAUUUUGGCAGCAUUAAAAGGCAAUUUAAGACGGUGAUAAAAGAAAAAGUCCUGCUCAAGAAGGAGUUUGAAAUCAUGGAGAACAGUAUGGGAGAAGCAGGUAGCAAGCGCAGUUGGGUGGAGACUGCAAUGGAUAAGAUUCACAACUACGAGACAUUGUCCACAGUGGUGCAGACAGCCCAGAUGAUCAAUGAACUGCGAAGAGAACUGGGCCUGGAUGGAGAUUUCCAGAUCCUUGAUGACCUGACCAGAUACAAUGAAGAAGACUUCAAGAACAAAAGACUUGAUUACAUAACCGAUGAUGUCAUGAAGGUGAAAAAGACUUUGAGUGACUUGUCACCAAAUGUACUGGACUUCUUGAAAGAACUCCUUGAAUGUUCCAAAAAAUCCUUUGUCUCUUGGGUCAAAGCUAUAAUAAAAGACAGAACAGAACUUCCUACGUUUGUGGACCUGGCAUCUAUUUCUGCAGGAGAAGAUAACAUGGACUUCGAUAAAGUGCAGUUCUUCCACAAGGCUAUCUCUGUCUCUGGGCCCAUCAUUUUUGACUUGAACUCUACAUCAGGUUUUGAAGACUUCUGCGCAGCUUUACAGCCCAUCAAAGAAGCUAUAGUAGAUGAUAAUGUACUUCCAGAGAAGCUACGGGUUUCCUGUCUGAACAAAGAAUGGCUGCAAAUGGUCCAUGACUGCCAUGGGUCUGUAGAGCGCUCCUCUCUGUCUCAAGCUAGAGCCAUCAAUAGCAAAGGGAUUUUUAUCAUCUCUGCACCUCAGAAACUUAAGCCUUCUCUUGAUGAUUGUAUUUCACUGGAACUGCCAGAGGAUGACGCCAAAAGUGCUCCCCAGCAAGACGCUACAGCCAAGAAGGCGUAUAGCCUUGCUCAGCUCACAGAAUUGCAGAACAAGCUCAUGCUGAUAGCCACAAAGGUUGAACAGGGGCAAGAGGAGGCGAAACGGUUCUUAGAGAUCCUGGAAAAAAUCAGGAUGGUUGGAAAGCUGUAUUUGGAGCUGCUUGAGGUUGGCAACAUCCUUUUCAUAGACUGGAAAGCUCAAGUUGACUGUGGCCACAAGCACAAUAUAAAUAUCUAUGUAGAGUUUGGAAUAUCUGGCGUCCUCGUUCAGAGCAACAGGCCUUUCCUGGAAGAGUUGAGUGGCAUAUGCAGAGCCAUGGAGCGUUGUCUCGGCGAGUGGAAGAAAUACCUGGAGACUCAAAGGAACAAUUAUUACCAUCUCAACAUGUUCACUGCUCGUCAGCUCUUCUACUUAUGCAGCAAGUUGGCCACAGCAAAUAAAACCGAAGUGGAUUUGCAGGUUCUUAAUUUGCUUUCGGUAUUCAAGCACGACAUUACGGUAGAGGAUAUCAGAGAUGCAUUAAACAAAGCACUUGAAACGCCAUCAGAAUCCAUCAGUAUGGCAGGGGAAGAUGAACAAUCGGUGACUUGGCUCAGCUACACUGUUAAAUUUCCUCAGCUUAUCCAAAGUCUUGUUGAUGCUGGGUAUGAUGAAUCGGUAGUUAAGGCUGGACUGCAAAGUUACUCCCCAAAUGUUGCCAUUACUGAACAGAUGCUCAUGGAAUAUGCCUUGGAGCAUGGCGAGAAUGAGGAAGAGAUUGAAGAGUUAAGCAAGUUAUAUGAGGAACAGAGAGAGGAUUUUCUGCAGAAGUCAAAGAAGUUUAAGAAGAGGAGCACAGAAGCGGAGCAGUAUGCUUUCAGCAGUCUUACAAAAGAUAAAUUGGCUGUUUCAUUCGAGAGCUUGCCAUCUAUCCAAGACAAGGUCAAUCUGCUCUGGGAUGCCUAUUGCACCAGGCUCACUGGCCUGGUGUCCGACAGGUACAUCAGUCUGGAUGUUUUUGGGGAAAUGCUGAAAUGUUUAGCAACUGCUGAAGCCUCUUGCAUUGAGAGAAAUUUGCCGGUGGGUUUUGAAGCAGGACGACCUGGCCUUGUUAUGUGCAAAGAAGAAGAGAUGCUGCGCUACAUGCUGUCUGUCUACCGAUGCACAGAAAAGGCACCUCUUCCGACAUCUGAAGAGGUCCUGGUGUGUACGUCUGAGACGCGAGAGGAAGACGUUGAGCUGAUUGUCAGGAGAGCUCUUUCCCCAGGCUCCAAACACAAGAAGAUCUACUGCUUGCUGGGCGCAGACAAAUUGGUUUACAAAGUCUCCAAAAAGCUGGAGUUCCAGUUUUUCCACUUGGCGCAGUCCUCCAGUGUCCCUGACUACCGGUUCCUUAUCUUCUGUGAUGCCAAAGCUCACAAUUCUUAUAUUAUCACAGCCUUUGACAACUAUAAAGUUUCUCUUUCCUGUAACUCAGAAGCAGACAUUCAGCAGUACCUGAGGACGCAUCUGACGGUACCCAUGGCACCUGUCACUCGGGCCUUUGAAGAGCCCUAUCGGCAGAAUAUGAAGUUUGUGUUUUCAGAGGAAGCCGGCAUGGGAAAAUCUUUGUUUGUGGCAAACACCAUUAAAAAGGCGAAGGACCUCCCGGAGAACACUGGCCUGACCCACAAAACCAUCCGGAUGAUGGAGUCAGAAAUCAAUUUUGGAUUCCUCCUGAAGGAACUUUGCUCGCUGGAAGACAAGCCAACCGAUGUCGUGCCCCGGAUCUUCCACAUUGAUGUCUCCCCGGUCGUGUCAAAGGGUCUGUACCGGUUGCUGAUUGAGCUGUGCAUUCUGCGACACACCCAGAGCCCUGAUGGCCUGGUCUGGAAAUGCAGAGCCUCCCACCUGUACUUGAUUGAGUACAUGGUGAGAGGCAAGGGCAUAAGCAGCACACGAAAACAAGAGAUGACCAGUAACAUGGAGAGAGAAUUUCUAGCUCUUCUUCCAGCUGUGAAAUGUGUAUCGCCAGUAGAGGUAUUAGAGGUCCUUGGAAAGUCCAGUUCUGGCACUGAUGUUGCGGUGGAACGGCAGCUGUUGGACAGAGGCACAUUCAAGGGUGAAGCCUUCCAGAGGUCAUAUCAGUAUCUCAGGCGCUACCAGAAUCACCAAAAUCUUGACCGAUUCUGUUACAGCCCUCAGACCGUGGAAGGGACCGAGGAGGAGUGUCUGAGGCUCUUGCUGCAGUGCUGUGGGCGGAAAAACCCUUCCUGGACUGAGCUCAGCAACUUCGCUCAGUUCCUGAGCCUCCAGCUGAUGAAGUGCGAAACCUCGGUGUUCUGCAGCGAAGCAGCAGGACGAGAAUUUGGGGGCUUUAAAUCAUUUGUGAUAAAGUUCAUGAUCGCCAUGUCCAAGGACUUUGCCAUGCCUUCUCUAGUCAUGUCAGAUGAAAGCUUUCCAAGGGGAGAGGGUAAAAAAGAGGAGGACAGCGUGCUGACAGGGUACCAGUUAAGACGCAAGUGGGAGCAGGAGUCUCACCCUUAUAUAGUCUUCCAUGCUGAUAACCACUCCAUGGAGUUCUUGGGUUUCCAUAUCAAUAAGAACUAUGAUGCUGUUGAUGCAUAUUCAGGGUCAGUUUUAGAAAAGAAAGUAAUUGGGUAUAGAUUAUAUCACAUACUUAGUGUUCAAAAGGUGCCUUUCAAUAAGAAGUUUGAAGAUCUGCCCAGGCAAGAACAGCUGGAAACUCUCUGCAGCAUAUUUGGUGUGAAAAGCAGCCAAGAUCCAGAUGAAUCCUACAAGCUGACUCUGGACAACACGAUGAAAAUGCUGGCCAUUCACCUGAGGUUCCAGUGUGGGAUCCCUGUGAUCAUCAUGGGUGAAACGGGUUGCGGGAAGACCAAGUUGGUGCAGUUCAUGUGCAGCUUGCAAAGAGCAGGAAGGGACAUUCAAAACAUGAUGCUGGUGCGUGUUCACGGAGGCACUAGCUCCCACGUCAUCCACCAGAAAGUCAGGGAAGCAAUUGAGCUGGCACAGAGGAACGGAGAGGAGUACGAUGUGGACACAGUGCUGUUCUUCGACGAGGCGAACACAACAGAAGCCGUGUUUGCCAUUAAAGAGGUCUUGUGCGACCACAGUAUAAAUGGAGAACAGAUCCCCACCACCCGCUUAAAAGUUGUGGCUGCCUGCAACCCCUACAAGAGGCACACGGAGGAGACCAUUGAGAAGCUAGAGAAAGCCGGGUUGGGGUACAGAGUUCGCAGUGAAGACACCCUAGAGAAAUUGGGCUACGUUCCUUUGCGGCAGCUGGUGUAUCGGGUGCAGCCGCUCCCCCCGAGCAUGUUGCCUCUUGUUUGGGACUUUGGGGAAUUAAAUGAACAGACUCAGAGUCUGUACAUCCAGGAGAUCGUUAGAUCCAUUGUGAAGGACAAGCUUCCUGGAGAAAAAAUGGAGAUUUUCACCUCUGUUAUUCUGACCUCCCAGAAGUUUUUAAGGGUGAACAAAGAUGAAUGCAGAAUUACCAGUCUCAGGGAUGUUGAGCGCUGCAUGAAGGUGCUGCUGUGGUUUUACAACCUAAAAGACCUGCUUUUUCCUCUUAUCGACCAAAAGAGCGCAGCUCAGCACUCAGACUCGUCCAGCUCAGCCACUCGCCCCGAUGAAUAUGAGAAAGGUCAAAUGCCUCCGCUCAAUGCAGCACAACGCUCCUUGGUUCUCUCCAUGGGGGUUUGCUAUUACAUGUCUCUUGAGCGUGGUCGCCAGGAUUACCUGGAAGCGAUAGCAAAGUGCUUCUCUCUCCCUGCAGGGCUCCUUCAGCAGGAGAUCGUGCUGUGCCAAGAGGUCUUCCUGGAUAACCUCACCAUUCCUGAGUUGACGGCGCGGAACGAUGCCUUGAGAGAAAACAGCUUCAUGAUGGUCAUAUGCAUGGACCUGCGAGUGCCUCUCUUUCUUGUAGGGAAGCCGGGAAGCUCCAAGUCCCUGUCCAAAACCAUAGCUGUGGCUGCAAUGCAGGGCCGAUUAUCCAAAAUAGAGUUUUUCAAAAGUUACAAACAGAUCCAGGUGAUAUCUUUCCAGUGUAGCCCUCACUCUAGGCCUGAGGGAAUCAUCUCCACCUUCAAGCAAUGCUCACAGUUUCAGAAGGGCCAGAAACUGGACGAGUUUGCCUCAGUCGUGAUUCUGGAUGAGGUAGGUCUUGCAGAAGACUCUCCUGAAAUGCCCCUCAAGACGUUGCACCCUCUCCUUGAAGAUGGGUGUGUCGAUGAUGAAACCCCAGAGCCGUAUAAAAAAGUUGGCUUCGUCGGUAUUUCAAACUGGGCCCUGGACCCUGCUAAGAUGAACAGAGGACUCUUUGUGCUCAGGACUGAACCGAAGGAGGACGAGCUCGUGAAGAUGGCCAAGGAAAUCUGUGCGGGCUGCAACAUCUCACGAAUCGAGCACACGUUCCCCUUUCUAGCUAACUUCUAUUGCGAGGUCUUAAAGACGCAGUCAGCGGAGUUUUUUGGGCUCCGUGAUUUUUACAGCCUGAUCAAAAUGAUACUGUCUUACACCCAAGAUCAGGAUCGAUACUCUGCGGAAGAGCUCAUUGGAAAAGCAAUUCUGAGAAACUUUGGGGGUUCAAAAGACAUAGACCCUUUAAAGUUGUUCAAAACCUGCAAACCUCCUAUCACUCUUCCUUCGGACUUAGAAACCAGGCUAGAAACCACGCACACAGUUGAUUUGCUGCGGGAAAAUUUAGACAGGAGCCAAACAGAGUUUGUAUCUAGAUACUUGCUGCUAAUCACAAUUAACCACGCGGCUUUCCAGAUUCUACAGAUGACCAAACUGAUGGACAUCGAGAGCUGCGAUGUAAUAUUUGGCUCAGGUUUCCCGCAGGACCAAGAAUACUCGCAGGUAUGCCGCUCUGUGAACCGAGUGAAAAUCUGCAUGGAAACAGGGCGGCCUGUCAUUCUCCUAAACAUACAGAACCUGUACGAAAGCCUCUACGAUGCUCUGAACCAGUGUUUUGUCAAGUUAGGAGAAAACAAGUACGUCGACCUGGGCCUGGGCACUCACAGAGUCAAAUGCCGAGUGAAAAAGGAGUUCAAGUUGGUUGUGAUCGAAGAGAAGAACGUCGUCUACACGCAGUUUCCCACCCCGCUGCUGAACAGGCUGGAGAAGCAUUGCCUGGAGAUGAAUACCAUUCUCAGCUCGCGGCAGGUGGAGGUGAGGAGGAAGCUCCAGCAAUGGGCCAGGUUGUUUGUCACGGUUAGGGACGCUGGUUGCUGCAGCAUCAGGUGGUCCAACGGUAACCCUAAGGAACAGGAUGUCUUCAUUGGAUUCAGCGAGGAUGUUUCUGCCACGGUCCUUUUGCAGUGCUCUCAGAGCAGCCUUCAGGGGAACUUUGUGUUCAACAAAGAGCAAGUCCUAGAAGCCUGUAAAAGCAAGUUCAUCGACUGUGCGACCCCUGACUCCAUCCUGCGUCUCAAAUACUCCUCUCUGCAGGAUGCUAAGCAGAUCCAGGACUUGUACUUUGGGCGGCAGAAGCACGACGACCUGACUGACGUCCUGAGAAAGUCAAUGAAAGCACAGUCAAAUGUGGAUGCCACUACUGGGCUGUGCUUGGAGGUUUCUACACACGCAAGACUUCUAAACCAGAGAGAGUUGGACAUGGUCACGAAGAAGCUGAAUCUCCAAAAUAGGAUCUGCUGUGUCUUUCUAAGUCAGUUUGAGACUGAGCAUGCCUUCCGUCAGGAGCUUAGUAAGUUUUUCAGUCAAUCACCAGAUGAGAAACUGUUCCUUGUCCAGUUCAACUUUGAUGAGCCACAGAGCAGCAAAAGGCUCCUGGCCUGCGCUAAGUACUGUAUAGUAGAUGAGAGACGAAAAUCACAAAGCCCAGGCUUGUCACACGUUGUCAUCAUAACUAAAGUACCAAGGAUACAGGGUGGGUCUGGUUACCUGGCAUUCAGUGGAGAUGAAUGGACUUCUCUCCAUCUGGACGAACUUCUGCCUCUUGAGCACUUUACAGCCCCUUUGGGGCAGCUCUCCAAAAUGUCAGUUGCCGAGGUUUUCAUGAAGAGCGCUCAGCAGGGUCUUCAUGCAGAUGGUUCAGCCAAGCCAGGAGGCACUGAAACAGGAGACAGUCGUUGUCUGGAGGAAAAGGUGCAGCUGCUCAACAUCGAGUACCUUAUUAAGCAAAGCGUUCAGAAAGCUGUGAUUCAGCUGGAGGACAAGCAGGACAACAGGGAACGAGCUACCAGAAGGAUACAGAUUCUCUAUGAUGCGCUUUUCUCGGCUCAAAAGAAAACUGCAUUUGCCCACAGUUUUAUGGGAGAAUUAAAAAAGAGAAUUUGUCGCCUUUUACAAGAACGUGAGAAGAGGAGUCUUGAGCCUAAAGAAUGGACCUUCCAUCAAGCAAAGUCCGGAAAGUUCAUACUUGAAGGCGCUUCGUUCAGGCACACGCUCUGGAUUUAUAUAGAAGAUAUUAUGGUAAACGUGUUCGCCCAAAUUCUAGCAGUAAUUGAUGCCAACAACAAUCUGGAUCAUAUCUCUCAGGAGGCUCCGCUGUCCGACCUGUGGCUCCGGAUGUUCCAAGAUGAAUCAUUUCUGAAGAUUAAGUACACCAGCAAAGUGCCUGAUGCUAAGAUUGCUGUGUUAUCAAUGACUGAAGACCCAAACACGUCUGUGGUUUGCCAGUUCCCGUUCAGCUGGGUUUUGAAAGCUGACUUGGAUGCGAUAUGGGAGACGGUCCAUCAGGCAAAAGGUUUUCCAAGGGACCCCACAAGAGACUCUGCAGAGAUGUUUCAGAGGUUAAUCCAGAACGUGCCAAUGCCAGAUGUCGAUGAAGUGGACGUGGUACAGUUUUACGCCAGUGAUUUUGUGAGGAUGGCUCUUCCUGGACAGGACCUUAAGGUGUAUGAGGUUUUGUCAAAUGUCCUUAUAACUGGUGCAAAAAAACUCCACUCCUCUGUGGCAGGAAAUGAUCUGCGGUUUUCCUUGAUUUGGCUCCACAUUGAAUAUUUCUACUUACGAGACACUUAUCAACUAUUCAUCGAUUUAGUAAAGACUGAGGAGUCUAUAACCGAUGAGCUGCAGAACAUGUACAGUAAGGACUCAACUGCAAUGUUUGUAUCUCUGGAUGCCCUGAACAUCCUCCUGAGACAACUGCAACCCACAGAGGAGACUUUUGUAUCGUUUGCCACCUGCCUCGCAUGGCUGAAAAGAGUCCAGUCCAUCAAGCACACUCUGAAUUGGGUCACAUCGGACGACUACCAAAUAAGGCUGUAUAGUGAAAAGGGGAAACUAUUGAGUAGCAUACUGCACCGAUGGAAUAGCACAAACAUCAUCUACCUGCUCAUUGAUCACCUGCUGCACGAUGAGACCGAGAUGGAUGAGAAGCUGCUGAGGACCGUUGUGAAGCAGUCGGUCUUCCUCUGGAGCUUACUGUAUAAAACCGAAGAUCUGAAACCGGAGAAGAUUUUUGAGAUCGUGACAAAAGUGCUGAAGACGUGCAGCAACCAUGCUGUCAAAGUUUACUUUGGAAAAGGCGUGGACAAAUGCAGAAGCUGCCAGCAGGAGAUCACCGACCCAGCCCAGUUGCCCUGUGCACACAUUUUCUGCACACAGUGCAUCUUGGACUGGAAGCACAAGCAGUGCAGGAUUUGUAAGGAGAACAUCCCCAAGGACUACACGCCCACCGUCUCGCAGGUCACCAGGGAGGCCGUGGAAAAUUGCAACAAAUUCCGAAGGAAAUGCAACUCUUUCUUCGUGGAGUUUGUCAGCAGUUACUGCUUUGGGGGCAGAAUCCCUCUACCCGCGAAGGUCAUUGAACAACUAAUCAAGUUUGUAGCCUGCAAGCCCGCAAACUCAGAGCACCCAGAGUCAAGGUGUGGUAAAUCCAAUCUCAGCAGCCCCACCCAUUCAACUAUCAGAGUAUACAAACCCACAAGUGACCUGUCACCCUUUGAAGAGUGCAUGGACCCAAGUCCUACUGUCAAAUCCUCCCUUCUCAAAAUGUUGCUCCAAUGCAGACUCGAUGAUGUGAAGAUUCACCUUCAGGCAUACCUCUCCAGGAUGGAGGAAGUAAUAACUUCAAACCAAAGCAUCCGGGAUGAUUUCUACUUCAUGGUGGUACGCUGUUUUGAGGAUUUUAUGUACUCCUCCUCCCAAGAAGAUGCCAGCCAAGAGGCUGAGCACUGCAUCACCAGUGCAGACCUGUCCACUCCCAGCUGUGCUGCGGUUACAGAUGUUCAUACCCUGCAGUUGAUCGCCAGGCUCCGACUGGCCAUCAGUCAUGUUGCAACUGUGCUUGGUACAGAGUUUCUGAGUGCUGCGGUUCCAGAGACUGGAAUGAAUAGUGAAGAUGCAGAGAAACAUCGUGCCCUUUUGAAUGCCAUGAAAAAUAUGGUGGAAAAUGCCCAAACACCAUGGCCCCAAAUAUUUCUGUUUAGGGCCCUUCUUAACAUCCAUGGGCUGAACAUCAUGCAGAAGGUUCUUGAGAGAGAGCGGUGGAUUUUGCCAAGAGGAUGUGAAACUUCAGAGUUCAUGGACACCAGGUCCAACAAAACCCUGAUGAUUUCAGCACUAGGCAAAGCAGAAGACCAGCUUAAUAGCAUAAAAUCGGAAGCGGCCAAGAAUCUGACUGCUGCCACGAAACAAAUGGAGAGCAUCCUAGAGGUGCCAUCGCUCUCAGAGGAACCCACAGAAAAGCUGAACAAGAUACUGAGCGUUAUAAGAAGCCGUGACAACUGCACCUGUCUGGAGGUGGUCUUCCACACUGCUGUCGUACUAAGCCUGUCCCAGCAGCCCAUCACCCAAGUCUUCAGAUCCAUCUGCUUUCAGCCAAGUGCAGUGAAGGACACAUAUCUUCCCACCAUGCCGGGUGACCUCGUCUCUGAUGUGCAGAACUGGAAAAUGACCGAAAGUGAAAAGAUGUGGAAGUGCCAGUGUGGACGGUUAUGGUGCGUUGAAAAUUGUGGACAUCCCUGGGUGAAGGAACAGUGUCCGUGUGGCCAUACUGUCGGUGGGAUUUUUCACAAGCCUGUGGAAGGAUUUGCUGAAGUGGACACCUCCGAGGACAGAACGGAGAGAGGAUACAUCCUGGGGAGUCCUGACUCCCGGAGCAGUGAAGCGGAAAGGGACCUGCCUGCUGCCUCGGUCUGCCUUGCAAGAGUGCUGCUCCAUUCCUCCAUGCUCCUGGGGACCUUUACAGACCGCCAGUCCAUUUUGAAUUUAAUGAAGAAGAAGCCAGAAGUUGCCAAAAAGUUCUUUCAGGACCACCUUGAAAAGGAUAUUGCAUUCCUAGCAGAGUCGCUUGGCAGGAAUAGAGAUGAUGCCACCAUCACGGUCCACCUGUUUCUCAGCUAUCUCCUUGAAGUCACAGCAGGUAAAAAAAUGACGGCUAAAUCAAUGCAUAAAAAGGAAGACAGAAUAGAGUGGGAAAACUGUUUUAAAACUCUUACUCAAUCCUUUUUUCAGAGACUGAAUGAGAAACUUGCUUCUGCAAAGCAGCAGAUUGUGGAGGAAGCUCAUAGCUCCGGUAUUCUGAAAACAGCCGAUGGCCAGCACCUGCCCUUCGGUGACCUGCCAAGCACUGGGCUGAUCAACCAGCCCUGCAUGUGGCGGUUUGAGCAGAGGAUGACCAUUCAACACCUGACUCACGUGAUUCAACAGGAAAGUGAAACAAGUCAGUUCCCUGUGCUCCUGCAGAUCCUGUCCAAGCACCACCACAUCCAGUAUAUACAGCACCUGCCUGACAUCCUCAGCCUGCAGCACGCCUUAAUCCACUCCUACCAGAACUGCGACAUCCAUGAAGAGGAACAGUUUUCUGUUAGAGAGUUUUUGGAGCAGUCUCAUAUCUCAGGUGAUCAACGUUUGGCUUUUAAAGGAGCUGUACACAUCAUUCAGAAAGUUUGGAGCAAUAUAAAAUUGAAUCCUAAAAGCACAGGAAUGCAAAUCCCCGAAGAGCUGCAAAAUAAAGAAAUCGACACUGACACCGCUGUCCUGGACCUCCUCCCGACUGACCCGUCCAUCAGUUCCAUCGUUACAAAAUUCCUAAUCGAGCUCCAGAACAGCUUAAUCGACACAGCGGCUCAGCUCACUAAAGAAAAGCAAAGGUCUGUUUCCGCUGAAGAAGUGCGGGUGUCAUCUGUGAUAACAGUUACCCCAAGUGACAUGAUCACCAUGGCACUGUCAAACUUCCAGUAUGUGCUGGAGGAAAACGGGACCAAAACCACACAGUUCAACUUUCAAACUCUGCAGAGGCAAGCAAUAAACCGGUUCAUCAGUGGGAAACCCAGUAUAAAAGUGCAGACAGCUCCAUCCAUGCCACCCCGGCACUUGAAGACGCUGCAGUUCACAAAGGCCAAAGUUAAAGAACAGCUGUCUCAGGAACUGUUGAGCGUGAGUCAAGUGAAAAGCGUUAUGGAGGCGGCUAGGUCUGUGAGCGAUAUCUCCAGAGCACUGUCCACGUUAAAAGUAGCUGCCGAGUUCCUAGCUGUGACUGGAGGGGAGCCAGGGCGCCUCUUGACUGACUAUGUCAGAAAUGAACUGAGGAUGGAUGCAGAUGCAAAGCACUUCAGGGACCUACCAGUGGUGCCGCAAACGCAGCUGAAGCACAUCCUGUCCCUGUGGCAAGUCCUGUCAGUGAGGAGAUCAGUGCUGCUUGUGCAAAUGAAUCAGAAUCCCUUUUUCCUGGUGGACAAGAGAUAUCAAGAGGAGCUGGAGGCGGUCGAGAGGGAGGAGCUAACAAAGGCUUUAUCCACCAUCAACAUUGAUUUCUUCAUCGCUGACCUGCAUGAAAUGAUCGUGGUGACAUUAGGCAGCUAUAGUCCUAAGUGGGGGAUAGUGGAGACCUUUGAAGGAUAUUUGCAACAAGAGGGAAAAGAAGAUCAGUACAUUGAAAAUCUGACCCGUACUUUGAGCCAAGACCUGCAGAUGAAGCAUGUCAUUUCAGUCUGGAAAACAGCUGUGCAGACCAGCAAAUUAUACGGCUCCGGCUACAACCGAGAAUGAACUGUCAGCUACCACUUUUCUCCAUUGUAGCAGUGGCACGGCAUUUGCAAUGUCCUCACUUCCCUGGCUUUUACCUUUAGCAUAGUCAAGUUUUGUGCUGUGUAGCUAUGAGUAAGGAUUUUGGACUGAUGAUUUUGGGAUUUCCUUUGGUUAGCAAUUGCCUGUGGCUCAAUGCCCCGGGAAGAUCUUUCCAUACUGGUGUCCCACAGAUGCCACAUCCUGAUUUCCGUGCACGGUAGUUGAGGAAGAUUAGUUUGCUCUAGAAGUGAUUCUCAUUGGGUUUUGGAGGCUUGGGCUCUACUUAAGCCAGGAUCAGACGUCAAAUGGAUGGGAAGAGUGCCUUGGCCUCUGCCUGAGAGAUGAAUUUAUGAUGAAUCAACCUCUGGGGGUGAAUUUUACCCAGAGAGAGCUAAAAGUGAUGGAUGUGGUUCUUCCAUCACUUAAGCCUCGCCUGUAAUUCAGACUUCUGUCUGUGCAAGGAGGCCCAGUGGCCGGGUGCUUACAACACAGGUUGGGCAGAGGAGCUCAACUGGUUUCCAGCCUCGUUUUGCCAUUAUCCUAUUUAGUGCCAUGGGUCUGCUCUCCAUGCCUCAGUUUCCCUAUCAGUAGCACACUUUGAGAUGUAGCGUGUUUUUAUUCCACCACUCUGCUGCUUCAGCACCAGGUACUGCAUAUUGGCAAAGUGAUCCCAUCCCGCCCCAUACAGCUUGUCUUGUACAGACUAGGCCUGACGCCAAUGCCUCGCCGAAAUGUUACCGGUGGGUGUCACUAGGGCUGACAUUUUGCAGCUAAGCCAGUGCAAGAACAGUGAAGAGCACCACUGGAUGAGCAUUGGCAGCUACAUGGGGAAUGGGGCACGCACAGCGCAGGGCCCUGGAGAAUCAGGCCCGAGGGAUUUGUACAGAAUACGAGGCACCGCACUGGAUGGUCUUAGUGAGGGAAUUGCAGGCUGGGUCACAGUUUCCCUCAUCGCGUGCUUUAGCUCUUGGACUGUGCUUCAGCCGCUGGAGGUCAGGAUCUCCCUGGCUGGGUUGGAAGGGACCUCAGGAGAUCAUCUAGUCCCACCUUCUGCUCCAAAUGGGACCAUCCCCAACUAUCUCAUCCAAGCCGAGGCUUUGUCGAGCCGGGUCUUAAAAACUUCCAAGGACGACGAAUCUACAGUCUCUCUGGGUAAACUGUUCCAGUGCUUUGCUACCCUCCAAGUGAGAGAGUUUCUUCCUAAUAUCCAACCUAAACAGCCCUUGCUGUAACUUGAGCCCGUUGCUCCUUGUCCUGCCAUCUGUCCCCACUGAGACAGCCCAGCUCCAUCCUCUUUGCAGCCCCCCUGCAGGGAGGUGAAGGCUGCUAUUCAACCCCCCUCGGUCUUCUCUUCUCCAGACUCAAUCAGCCCAGCUCCUUCAGCAUCUCCUUGUAACUCAUGUGCCGCAGCACCCUCACCAUUUUUGUUUUUCUUGGAAAUCUACCUUUUCUUGACAUUUGCUAUGCAGCCAGUAUAGUGCCCAAGAUGUUAGCCAUAUAAUUCUUCCAGCGGUGCUCCUGACGGCCUGCUUGAUGCACCGGUAGCCGCGCACAUGGCAUGAUGUCUCCAUUGCGUAGGGAAAGCAAUGCUGCAGCUGGAAUAAUGUCUAGAGGCCCCCAGAGAAAUUCAGAUGCCUUGACUUGCAGAUCUCAUAGUAGGAUUGAAGGAUAAAUCUUUUGUUCGUAGAUGUUAAUGUCUCAGGGCAACCAUGACCAUCAGCUCCCUGCUUAACAAAGAUCAGAUGAUUCCACCGAGCGAGUCCUGCGUACUGUAAAAAACCAUAUUUAUUGUGUAUUGCAUAGAAAUCGUUUGUAUAUGUGGUCACAACUCAUACAGCUGCUUGGAGGUCCAUUAGUAAUGAAAGGAAAUGAAACACAUUUUUUUUUAUAAUUAUGUAGAUGCUAUUACUGAGUUAUGUGAUAAAAAGUUGAAAAUCUUCUGUGACUUUAAAAAAGUAGAUAAAUAUUGCUCUGAUAGUCCACUUUAUUUCCUUGCGCAUGUAUGAUCGACUGUCAUUUGAAACCUCUGUGUCUAGCUGAACACGUCCAUGUAUCUCAAGACUGCAGGAACAUUUUAAUGUGAACUCGGAGAAAAGCAUGAAACCAUGUACAGAGCAGCCUGAGAAGCAGGGUGUUACACUGGGAGCGGGAGCCUCCAGAAAGGAGUCUUUAUUUCCUUCCUUCUGGCCCCAGACUCCACCAGGGAAGGGGCAGAUGAACCCACAACUCCAAGUGCCUGAAGAAGUCCCAUAAGCACCAGGUGAUGCACUGGACAGGCCUGGGGAGAUCUCCAUCGCUCCUGGUGAAGCUCGUCCAGUAGCUAGGAAGGACUGCGAGAGUCCAAGCGCCUUGCAUUCAUCUGAUUCAACAGAAAAAACAAAAUAAAAAAUAGACAUCCCUUAUUGAUAAUGAUGAAACUGCUUAUUUGGGCCAGUCCAAAUGACAGAGUUAAAAAAAAAGGGGUUUUGGAGCACAUUGAAGUGUGAAAGAAAUGUUGAUUUUGAUGAAAGUGUUCUUUUUCCAUUUUCUUGUACCAUCUACACGUUUCCCGGAGCCUGACAAAGGGACUUUGAUCCCGAAAGCUUGCAGAAAAGGACGAUUUUCUUACCAUUUCCCAGUUGGUCUAAUAAAAGGUAUCAUUUUGGAACCACGA